AUGCCGUCAGCAUCCCAAACGGGCUUCCGCAAGGUCCAGACCUUCAAGACGGACUAUGCGCCCUGCACAAUCACCCAGUAUGUCUCAGACCGGAGCGGCAUGCAGGUCGUGGUCGCCGACCGUCAGGGCCCCAAGAUCAAUGGCUACUUCACCCUCGCCACGGAGAUUUUCGACGACUCGGGUGCCCCCCACACCCUCGAGCAUCUCAUUUUUAUGGGGUCCAAGAGCUACCGCUACAAGGGCCUGCUGGACAAGCUGUCGUCUCGCGCAUACUCUGGCACCAAUGCCUGGACCGCCACCGACCACACGGCCUACACCCUCGAGACGGCCGGCUGGGACGGCUUCGCCCAGGUCCUUCCCGUCUACCUGGAGCACAUUAUCCUGCCAGUCAUUACCGACGAUGCCAUCGUCACCGAGGUGUGGCAUAUUGACGGCGAGGGCAACGAUGCGGGCGUCGUCUACUCGGAGAUGCAAGCCGUCCAGUUCCGCAGCCCGGAGAUCAUGGAUCUCAAGGCUCGUAGGUUGAUGUACCCCGAGAACGUCGGUUUCCGCUACGAAACAGGCGGCAUGACCGAGGCUCUCCGCGUUCUCUCCCCCGAGCGCAUUCGCCAGUUCCACCGCGACAUGUACCAGCCGCGAAACCUCUGCCUCGUCAUUGUUGGAGAGACUGAUCACGAGAAUCUGCUCGAGAUUCUGAACGAGUUCGAAGAGAGCAUCAAGGACGACAUCCCGUCGCUCGAGGCCAAGUUUCAACGCCCAUGGAUCGACUCAGCCCAGCCCCCCGCCCUCAAGGAAUCCAUCAUCACGACGGCAGAGUUCCCAGAAGAGGAUGAGUCUGUUGGCGAGAUCCUGGUGGGAUUCUUCGGGCCCAACUGUAUCGACCUUAUCGCGACCUCGGCCCUCAAUGUCUUGCUGACAUACCUCUGCGGAUCUUCCGUCUCCAUCCUCGAGAAUGUCCUCGUUGAAAAGGAGGAGCUCGCCAGCUCCGUCAGCCAUUGGUGGGAGUCCAGACCCAACUCCGUCAUUUGGCUCCAGCCCACUGGCGUGGCGACGGAGAAGCUCGAGUUCGUCGAGAAGCGCCUGUUCCAGCUCCUGAACGAGGUUGCUUCGAACCCCCUCGAUAUGGGCUACAUGAAGGAGUGUAUUCGGAGGGAAAAGCGCCAGGUCAAGUUCCACGCUGAGACUUCCGAGUCGUUCUAUGCUACCAACAUCAUCACCGACUACCUAUUUGGCAACCGGGAUGGCUCGACUCUCCGCGACCUCGAGACCCUGAGCGAGUACGACGCCUUGGAGAAGUGGACAGACGAGGAAUGGCGCAACUUCCUGCGGACGUGGAUGGUGGAUGCUCACCACAUUUCCAUUCUGGGAAAGCCUUCCCUGGAGAUGGCCACCAAGAUGAAGGCUGACGAGGAAGCUCGCAUCACGAAGCGCAAAGAAGAGCUUGGCGAAGACGGUCUGCAGAAGCUGGCCAAGCGACUUGAAGAGGCCAAGACGAACAACGAUGUGCCGAUUCCCGCCGAGGUGAUUGACCGUUGGACGGUCCCUGGGACCGAGUCCAUUCACUUCAUCGAGUCCGACACCGCCCGCUCUGGCCGUGGACGAGCCGUGGGAUUCGGCAAAGGGCAGGCUCAAGCGUUGAUCGACGGAUCUCCCGAGGGCAAGUUGCCUCUAUUCAUCCAAUUCGAGGAUGUCCCGACCAACUUUGUGCACAUCACAAUCCACAUUGGCACCGCCGAGGUCCCCGUUGAGUUGAAACCCCUGAUGCCCAUCUUCAGCGACAACUUCUUCAACACUCAUAUCAUGCGGGACGGCGAACUCGUCAACUUUGAGCAAGUCGUCAUGGAGCUGGAGCGAGACAGCAUCGGCUACGGCAUUGGCUCGGCGCGCACCCUCGCGGACCCCGAGGGCUUCAUGAUCCAGUUCCAGGUCGAGCCCGAUAAGUACGCGGCGGCUGUGAACUGGCUCCGCACCAUGAUGUUCGACUCGGUCUUCGACCCCCAGAGGCUCAAGGCUGCCGUGACCAAGGCCCUGGCUGACAUCCCCGAGGGGAAGCGUGACGGGCGCGGCAUGGCCAGCGAAGUAGACGCGGCCAUCCACCUUGAGAAAUCGACCCUGACCGUCGCCAAGCGCGUGCUGGUCCGCGCCGUCUAUCUCAAGCGCCUCAAGAAGCUCCUCAAGAGCGACCCUGAAAAGGUCGUUUCCUGGUUCAACACCAUCAGGAAAUCGCUCUUCACGUUCCAGAACAUGCGAUUCCUCGUCACCGCGAACCUGAAGAACCUGACGGAUCCCAUCACGACGUGGGACAUUCUCAGCAGCACCUUGGCACCGCAAGAGGACAUGGUGCCGAUUCCCAAGGCCGAAAGCUUGCUCAACGACGAGGGGCGCAAACCCGGCUCGGUCGGCGCCAUCAUCAUCCCCAUGACCACCCUCGACAGCUCGUACUCGGUGAGCUCCGCGCCCAGUAUCACGUCGCUCUCCGACCCGCGCUUCCCCCCGCUCCUCGUGGCGAUUGGAUACCUCGAGGCCGUGGAGGGCCCUCUCUGGAACGCCGUCCGCGGCGCGGGCUACGCCUACGGGUCGUACUUCUCUCGCAACGUCGACUCGGGCAUCCUGUCGUACCGCGUGUACCGCUCCCCGGACGCAUACAAGGCCAUCACGGCCUCGCGCGACGCCAUCCGCAAGAUCGCCGACGGCGAGGUCGAGAUCGACCGCCACCUGCUCGAGGGCACCAUGAGCCAGAUCGUCGUCCUCUUCGCCGACGAGCAGUCAACGAUGCCCUCGGCCGCGCAGCAGAACUUUGUGCAGGGCGUCGUGCGCGGCCUGCCCAAGGAGUGGAACAAGGAGAUCCUGCGGCAGGUCCGCGCCGUGACGGCCGACGAGAUUAGGGGCAUCAUGAAGGAGUUUAUCCUGCCGUGCUUUGAGCCCGGGAAGAGCAACGUGGUUGUCACGUGCGCCAAGUUGAUGGCAGAGAACAUGGAGACGGCCUUCAAGGGCAUGGGCUACGCGGUGCAGACGCGGGAGCUGAGCCACUUCCACGACGACUACGGCCUGGAGGCGGGCGAGGACGAUGACGAGGAGGAGGACGAUGAGGACGAUGAAGAUGAUGAGGAGGGCUCUGAGGACGAUGACGACGAUGACGAGGACGAUUCGGAGGAGGACUGA